AUGGAUGCAUUCCUCUGGGAGUCGCAUAGAUUGAACCCCAGAUAUAACGGUAAGCAUCCGAACCAAAUCCCAACACAUAUUCAACACUCUAACACCUUUCCAUACAGCGCAUUCCAAAAGAUCGUCAAGAACGACUUGAAACUGAAAGACUGCUUUGUGAUCAAAAGGGGAACCGCGGUCGGCAUGGGUCCUUCUAGGGAGGAACACGCAUUUCAACAACUCGACCGCUACAACACUAGCCGCUGGGUCGAAAUGCACAACGGUCAGCGGAAGAAAUCUACAACAGCAUCUUCUUUUAGCCCCAGCAAUGAGCACCAUAGCUUUUGCCACGGCCUGCACGCUUGCUCAAGGCGCUUCUACGCCUCUAACGGGUUCAAGAUCAUGUUGGCGCAUAUUGCGCUCGAUUAUGAUUGA